AUGGCGACUAUUCAACAAAAUAAUUGGUGACUAUUGUUUUUGCACGCUUUUACUAAUUAGUUUUACCAAAAAAGUGAAGUAAUAAGUUUACGAUUCCCAUAAAGAAUAGACUCGUUGAAAAACAUAUAAAAGUGAGAAAAAAUUUCAGACAACCCUUUGAUUUGAACGAAAUAAUUGAAUAGUUAAGUGAACAUAAUUGUAUUAAGAGAUAUGUGGAAUCAAUGGGCUGGACUCGCGGCUAGUGCUCCAAUUCCGCCAAUACCGGCACCACAAUGCCCGCCACCUCAACCUCCACCACCUUCCGUUGCUCCGCCGCCUCCUACAACAGCACCUCCUCCGGCUCCAGCGGAACAAACAACUGGGAACUCAGCACCAAUUAUAGGACCAAUGUUACCUAGUAGUGUGUCUACCACAAGCGCAACUGUGCAAGCAUCAACUCCAAGUGGACCUUAUGGGCAGUAUACUGAAGCUCAGUAUGCCGCUUUGACCCCAGAACAACAAUAUGCUUUACAACAACACUGGCAGCAAUGGCAAGCUUAUCAACAAGAAUACGCAAAGUGGCACGCCCAGUACGGUGAACAGUAUAAAAGGGAAAUGGCUGCUGCAUCUUCAACAGGACAAAGUACGAAUUUUAAUAACUACUACCAACAGGUUCAACCCCAAGCACCAGUUCAAGCACAGCCUUUGCAGAUACAGUCGGUACAACAACCACCACCUCCGCCUCCCUCUGAUGGACAACAAACAAACGUUAAAAUUUCUGGAACACCUCAAAUCUACACGCAACCACCGCCGGUGUCAAUUCAGUCGCAUUCGGCCCAGAGCCAAGUUUUACCUCUUAACCAAGGUUCUGCCCCAAUACAUCAACCUCCUCCAGUGGGGCAAUUCCCAAAUAUGAAUUAUCCUCAAUGGACAGCUUCAUAUCAGCAACCGCAACAACAAUUCAAUUAUAAUCAACCACCUCCAAGCUUUAAUCAGCAACCUCCUAACUUUGGUCAAAUUCCCAAUUUUCAACAACCGCCUCCAAUAGUAGCAAAGCCACAACAGAAUUCUCAGCCUCAACCAAUGUCUAAUAUGCCGCAAGUUACGCAAAAACAACAUCCUAGUAUGCCAACUUUUGGUAAUCCGAAUAGUAACUCGAACCAACUCGGUGGCGGUAGUAACUACAAUAAUAACGUACAUCAAUCGUCUACUGAUCGAAAUGAUUUUCGUGGUCAAGGUGCAAACUCAUGGAUAUCUAAUUCCAAUCAGCAAGGUAAUGAAAUUAAGCAAAACCAAAAUGAACCCAAAAGUCAAUGGAAUCAAAAUAAAAACAACUUUGAUACAAAUUUUGGUAGUACUCGGUCGGGAAACCAGUUCAUUUCUCAAGAAAGGGGUCAAAAUAACUGGAAUGCAAGAAAUGAAGAUCGAAAUAAUUUAAAUGAAUAUGAGUUUACAAAUGUUAAUAAUAUGAAUGCUUCAUUUGAGAACCGAAACAGUCGAGACGGUUUCGAUACCAUAAAUAAAAAUGCAAAUAAUCGUUGGAACAGUGAAAAGGAUAAUGUAAGUGGAAAUAAUAAUGAAGAUCACAUAGAAAAUAUUCCUCAGACUCGUCAAGAGAUUCAAGGGUCUACUCAAUGGAAUGCUAAUCGUAAUCAAACUUCCAGUGGGCAUAAUUUCCAAGAGUUAUUCAAUAACAAUAACCGUAGAAAUAAUGAUAAUUUUAGUAAUCAGGGGUAUCAGUAUGAAAAUAAUGAUCAGAGUGGAAAUCGUCAGGGUAAUAGAAGUGAACAGUUUUGUAACAAUGAUAGAAAUCAAAGAAAUUAUUCAAACAACAACUUUUACCAUAAUGAACAGAACGAUGGAAACGAAAGGAAUUUUGGUGGAAAUAACAUGAUGCAAAGUCGAAAUAAUAACAUGAAUCAAAGAUUUGGUCCAAAUGGGCGGAACUUUGGUGGUAAUUUCAAACAGCGGCAUGGAGAUAAUAGUCCAUUUUAUGGGCAAAGGUAUGAUAAUAAUGGUAGAAAUAAUGAUUCGAAUAAUACUUUCAUUGAAAAUACCGAAGAUAAUUUUGCCCAGGAUAAAAAUUCUAAUGUAAGAUUUAAUUCAAACGACCGCAACUUGUCAAAUAGAAGCAAUUUCAACAGUUUCUCAGAUAGGAACGAAUUCAACAUUAGUCCUCGUAAUAGCAUUAAUAUGGGAUCAGACAACAUUAAUAAAAAUAUUAGUCCGAACAAUCCUUUUUCAUCGAGAUCUCGUUCAAAUGAUCGAAAUCUCGGACAAGGAGACAAUGGAGAUAGCUUUGGAAUGAACAACAAUUUCAAUUCUUCAAAUCGAGGAAAUAGUCGUAAUAACCGCUCAAAUGACAUCUUUAAUCAUAUAUCCGCUUCAAAUGAAAAAAGUUUUGGUCCAAAUAAUUAUAACAGACGUUCGAAUUCAAACGAACGAAACUUCGGGCAGAACAAUAUGAAUCGAAGAUCAAAUUCAAAUGAUCGAAAUUUCGGUCCAAAUAAUAAUUUCAAUAGAAACCCCAACCCUGAAGAGAAUUUCCAAAAUGAGCGGAAUAGUCAGAAUCAGAGCAAUUAUGAUUCAGAAGCAGAUCAUUUGACAACUGAGCAAAAACAACCACGACCUGAUUUGGACGAAAAGAGUUUUGAUCUUCAAUUCCAACGUUGGGAAGAACAAUUCGAGCAAUGGAAGCUUGCGAAUGCUAAUCAUCCCGACCGUGAGAUGUAUCGCCGUUAUGAGCAGGAGUUCGAAAAGCAACGUCAAAGAAUAAUGGAACGACGUGAGCAAAUGCGGCUAAGGAAAUUACAACAAAUUGACAAAAAGCCUGAUACAGGUGAUAAGCGAGCUCAAGAUGGUAAUGACGGGUUGACAAAUGAACGGAAUGCAGAAUGCAAAGCUGAUGAGAGCCCUAAACAAGAAGACCGAGACGUUAGUAAUGAUCAAAAUAAAGAAGAUGAAGAAGAAGUAGAAGAAGAAGAAGAAGAAAAUUCAAACCAACCUAUUUCGGGUAAUGAGGAAAUAAGCGAUGAACAGGGAAAUCUUGAAACCGAUCAAUUAAGCGAUGAAAAGCCAUCAGAACCAGUUGAAAAAUGCGCGACAACGAGUGGUUCUACCGGUAUCUUAGGUAAGCGAAAGAGUCGCUUCAGUGCACCCAUAGAAAGUCCUAAAACGCAGAAACUAACAAAUGAUUGUGUAACCGAAAUUAUCUCCCUUGUGGAAGAGGAAGAAAAUAACACUGCCGAUUCUUCCGGAGCUAUUUGUAAUAUAUUUGGCAAAUCGGAGGGAAUUCCUGGACUGGAUUUGGUAGAAGGUGAUGAUGGUGCUGGCAGUACUAACGAAGACAAAAACCCAAUAAAAAUCGCAGAGGAAAGCACUGAAAAUGUGCUGAGUGAAGAAAAGUCGGAACAAGAAAAACCAGAAAAACCAAAGGUUGUUAACAAAAUACCUUCACUAUUUGAUGUGGUAAUAGAAAAGCCGGUAGAUUUUAUCGCGCCUGCAUCUAUUGACGAUGAUGACGAAGAUAAUAAUGAUGGCGGCAAAGAUUUUCAUAGAGAAAUUCGACGAGAUGAACAGCAAAUACAUCCUCAUAUUUCUAAUGCCAUUCCUAAUUUGGGCGAUGCUCUAAGAGACCCUAUGUUUAUGCAGAAAAUUUCUCAGGCCUUAGCUAAAGCUCAGGGCAGGGAAAGUGCAGAUCCGAGCUGUGCUCCGCCUCCACAGUUUCUUCAGCAGUUACCUAUGUUGCUGCAGCAAUUACAACAAAACAAAUCCAACACAAAUAAUCCUGUCGGAAACGGCUCAAACUUUGGAUCAAAUUAUGGGGGAAAUGAGCGCAAUUUUCGCGGAAGCGGUCCAAACUUUGGUGCAAACAACCAGAAUUUUGGAGGAAACGGUCCCCAAUUUGGGGGUCCAAAUUUUAGUGGUAACCGGCUGAACUUUGGUGGCAAUGGUCCAAACUUUAAUGAUCGUGGUCCGAAUUUCGGAGGAAUGGGAGGUAAUUUUGAUUUUGAAGGAGGCAAUUGUGGAAAUGGUCCGAAUAGACCCAAUUACAAUAGAAACGGACCCAAUUUCAAUAGAUUUGGUCAAGGUGGAUCAAAUUUCGUCGGUGGCAAUGGACCGAAUUUCCGAGAUGACGGCCCAAAUUUCGGUGGUGGUUAUGGGCCGAACUUCCGGGAUGAUGGUCAAAAUUUUGGCGGUGGUAAUGGAACGAAUUUCCGAGGUGAUGGUCCUAAUUUCAGAGGUGGCAAUGGUCCAAAUUAUGGUGGUAGUGGUGGUGGUGGCAAUAGCUCGAAAUUUGGUAGGAGUGCACCUAAUGAUGACCGCCGCAAUUUUGGUAGAAAUAAUAAGGACAUGGAAGAACGCAGAAACCAGAAUUCAUCCCGUCGUGGCGGUGGUCCUGAUGACAAAGGCAGACAAAGCGAAGAAGCUACAGAAAGGGAAACCUCAUGGGUUGACGGCCCAGGAAACAAGCUUGGUUACGGAGAUGACUACUUUCGACCUGUACAAGUAAUUGAUUACCAAAAUACUGCCGUACCAAAACCGAAAGUAAUAGAUUAUGGUCAUAAGGGAGCUAGUACCACUACUGAUUCUGGUUCUGCUUCUGGAGCCCCAUCGAACACCUUCAAUAGGAAUAUGCCCAAUUUUUCGGAAGAUUUCAAACCGGUAAAAACUUUUGAAUAUGGACAUGCGUCCAAUCCAACAGCUACAAGAUUUGGCAAUAUGAAUGCCAAUCCUACAAAAAAGAAUAAGAAAAAGAAGAAGAAGAAUCAACCAAAUCGUGUUGGAUCACAAAAUGAAAAUAUACAAGCGUCUAAUAUGCCCACCAUUCCAGGGCAGCAUCGAGAUCAAAGUGAAUCAGAAAACAAGAGUGAACGUGAGAAUGCAGAAAAGUCAGCUGUAAAUUCAACUGAAACAAUCAGUACUAAUGUGAGUUCACCAAUUGGAGCUAAUGAAGAGCUUGAAGAAAUAUCUGACAAUGAAGAAAAUUUGGAGAACAGCCGUGAUUGUGAGUCACCGGCUCCUCCACCGCCACCAAUGCUAACGACAAACCGACCAUAUGUGUGCUCAGUGCAACAAGACGCCACUGCGCCCACUCAGUCCUUGUUCCCAUCGACUGCGGAAGCUAAUGAGAACAUAGCUAAACUUUCAAGCGGACAUGUACAAAUGUCAUUCCCCAGUAUAGAAAAUAAAAACACCAUAACUGUUGAUGAGAUUCUCCUUAAACCCGGUCGUCUGUCACGCCCCAAAAAGGUUUGUGUGAUAUUGCGGGGACCGCCCGGCAGUGGAAAAUCAUAUGUUGCAAAGUUGAUCAAAGAAAAAGAGUUGGAAAUGGGCGGAACUAAUCCUCGUAUUUUGAGUAUCGAUGAUUAUUUCCUAAUCGAGAACGAUUACGAAGAACGGUGUCCCAAAACCGGCAAAAAGAUACCGAAAAAAGAAGUUCUAUAUGAGUACGAUGCUGAUAUGGAGGAGACAUACAUGCAAUAUUUGAUAAAAUCAUUUAAGAAAACUAUUUCAGAUAAUUUAUACGAUUUUAUUAUAAUCGACUGCAAUAACAACUCGUUGCGCACGUUAAAUGAGUUUUAUUGCCACUCGAAAGACUCUGGUUUCAUGCCGUAUAUAGUUGACUUGAUGUUCGACUUGGAGAUCUGCAUGAAUCGCAACAUCCACGAAAGAUCUGAAAAAGAUAUUAAAGGUAUAAUUGAUAAUUGGAAACAGACACCGCUUCAUUACAUCAAAUUGGAUGUGUCUUCAUUGUUGGAAAAUCUUGUGGAAAUGGAAGAUGCCGAAGAUAUGGUGAUGGAUAAUAACAGCAAUAGUGGUGCGCCCGAUGAUAGUAAUUUGACACAGUCGCAAGCUGACAACGAAACUGAAGAUAGUAACGAGGCGGCUGAUGAUACAGCUAGUUUUGGAUUCUUAAAGAGCAAGUGGGAGAGUGAUACCACAUCUGAAAACCUUGCUCGUUUGGAUGGCACAAACAAAUUAAUGCAAAGGCGUAAGACAGCUACAAUGGAGGACUACCUACAAAUGGACGAUUGGGAACCGCCUAAAACCAGUGCGAACGGCAAAAAGAGGGUGCGUUGGGCAGAUAUCGAAGAGAAGCGAGCACAGGAGAAGAUGCGUGCUAUCGGCUUUGUAGUUGGUCAAACUGACUGGAAGCGUAUGAUGGACCCAAACGCGGGAAAUCGUGCUUUGAAUAAAACGAAAUACAUUGAACGUGUUAAUAAGAGACGAUAGUUUGCCUAGAUAUAGCACAUGAGAGCAUAAUAAUAGUAAAAGUAAUAAACUCUUAUGCAUGUUACGCAAAAUUAGUUUAAAAACAGAACCGUAAAUAAAGUUCCAAAUGAAAGCAUCGAUCGUUUAGAAUCGGCAUCCAAAAAAGGAUAAUGUGUUAAUCCUUUUUCAACGAUCUAUACAUUUCAUGAUUUUUUACAUCAGAUUUUAUGACUUUUUCACCGAUAAUGAUUAAUUUUAAGCAAUUCUAAAAUAACUCAUUAGCCUAACAUUUGAGCAAAAUAUAAUAUGGUUUUUAUUUAUUUAUUUUUUUUUUGCUUAAAAUAAAACUCACUUUUAGAUUACAGAUUUUUUAUGAAUUUUUAAGAACAGGACAUUUGUCCCUUGUUUGUUUUAAAAGCACAUGCGAAAAAUUUGGAGUUUACAUAUACAUACAUAUAUAUUAAUAAAAAAGAGAGUUUUAUUUCGAGUGAAAAAAAUAAAAAUUAUAUAUAUUUAAAAUUUUUUUAUUCAUUUUUUCUUCCAACGGAAUGAUUGCUUAUACGUUAUUAUGGAAUUGCUCCAUUCAGUCAUUAACAGUGAAGAAAAUCGUAAGAAUCAUUAUAUAACGUUGUUUUUUAAAAAGAACUUAUAAUGAUUACGGUCUCUGGUAUAAAAAUGUUUUUGCAUUGUACUUUUGAGUUUUGUUUAAAACUAUAUUAUAUGCUAAUUUAUUAAGAAAUAUAAAUGACAAUUUCACUCAUAUAUGUAAUAGUUUUGAAUUAGAUUAUUAUGAAAUUUUAAAAUAAACAUUGAAUAGACACA